CGGAAAUUGAUGAGGGAUUACUAUUUACGUCCAACAUUGUUUCCCUUUUGAACCACCUGAAACGCUAAGUGACCAGAGCUCUGUUUUGUUUCUAUUUUCAUGACUUUGUGUGUUGUGUUGUAUUGAAUGUUUCUCUCUCCCUCUCUCAUCAUCUAAUCUCGAAUCUCAAUUUCUUCUUUAUUCUUCUUCUUCUCUCUCUCCUCUGUUCUAUCUCUUUCUAACACUCAAGCCUCUCACGGUCACGGGCUCACGGCCAUGGAAGAGAACUCAAGUAAAAAAAAGCUAUCGGAAACUAUGAGCAUACAAGAUACAGUUCUGAAGUUUUUCAGAGUUUACAUACCAAAUCAAACCGCGGAUGACAUGAAUCUACCUUUGGUUUCAGACAAGAUCUCAGGGAAGCCUCUUCCUCGGAAGGUAACUGUUAAAAGUGUGUCCUCGGGGAACAUUUGGAGGAUGGAAAUGAAAGCAAACGGUAACACAGUGUUUCUCCGAGACGGGUGGAAGAAAAUCGUCAAGGACGAGAAUGUGACUGAGCCAAUUUUCUUGGAGUUUGAGUUCGAUGGUUAUGGUGUGUUCCACUUUUGCGUGUACGAGUAUGGUUCAAUGUGUAAAAGGAUGAGAUCUCCAAUGGAAAAAGAAGUGAUUAAAGUGGACAGUGAAGAAGAUGUGCUUGUGGGGAAUGAAGAGAGCACAAAAGGGCUUGAGGAGUCGCCAAGAAGAGGUGGUACAAGUAGAAGACGUGCGAAACUGAAGACUAAGAGUCAUAAGAUUUAUGAACAUCUAGACAACAAACUAAACCCGUCGUUUCCGGUUGAUAUGACUCAAAAUAGAACGCGCAUACCGUCUUUACUUAUAAAGGACUACAACUUGACAUUUCCCAACAUGGUUAUCAUGCGUGACAAGAUUGGCAUAUUGAAGAGAAGAAUCGUGAUUUGGAAGAACAGAUCCGUGUAUCUAAAUGGAAUCGGUAGUAUCAUCCGAAGGAAUCAUGUGAAGCCAGGUAAUGAAGUGGUAUUCGAACUUAAGAUGGUCAAUGGUUAUCACGGUUUGGUUCACGAAAUCAAGGUCCACAUUAUCAAGGCCUGAUCAUAUUCUUACAUGUUGUUCUAUCUUAGAGAAUGUUAAUUGAAAUGUUUAAGUUAUUUAUUUCGUUUAUGACGAACAUUCAAAUGUUCAACAUUAGAUGCAUUUACCACAUUAGUAUACUCACUCAAGUGACUAGUGCCAUCAUCAAAAUGAUCAUUUGACUGAAAAAG